AUGCCCAAGCAAGACGUUUUUCAGCUUCACCCUUUGGGUUGGGAAAAUGAUCCGGAGGAGGAGCGUUUCAAAGUAUCAACCCUUGACUACUUGACUGCUUGUACCUACAACAACUAUGCCAUCUUCUUUCGGGUGGAUGAUGCAGACAAGGCUCGAGUCGCCGAUGUGCUGAAGGCUGGUCUUGAACGUACCCUGAGCCAAGUCCGACAUAUCUGCGGUACCAUUGAGAAAGACCCUUCUGGUGGCCACUCAUUUGUCAAGAAGAAGGAUAGCACUGUACAAUUUGUGGUCCAAUGGCUGGAUUCACCAGAAGACAGCGAUGACUACCCAUCCUUUGACGAUAUUGCCAAAAACUAUUUCUGUACUUCGGCACUAGGUGAUCUUAGUCGCUGGAGUAUCCCUCCGAUGACAUACGGCGAAAAACCAGAGGCUCACAUUGAUAGUAGCCCGGUGGUUGCAGCCUAUAAGGCUAAUUUCAUUCGGGGUGGAUUAGUCUUCAUUAUGCAUCAUCAUCACUAUUCUAAUGAUGUUAUGGGCUGGGCCGGGCUUGCCCACCAGCUAGCUGAAAACUGCUAUGCAACUGUCAACCAGACACCCUUCCCCUCAUGGGACCCUGCGUGCCUAGAUCUAUCACGUGUCACAAAGCCCAUUGUGCCUGAAGAAUCUUUGGUAGAUGGCCCCCCUACGCCUGAGCGAAAUCCUGAUCAUCUCGAGUCCGAAAUGCUGCUCUUCCACUUGCCUAAGAGCAAGGCAGCGGAGCUAAAGAAACUCGCGUCGCCCACGUCGACGGACGGAUCUUGGAUCUCGACGUAUGACGCGUUCUCCGCCUUCAUAUGGCGCACUGUUACCCGGCUUCGAGCACCUGUCUUCAAGCCAGACCUAUCGGCCCCCUUAUUGUGGAUAGAAGCUGUUGAUAUGCGGCGGCGAAUGCACAGUCCCAAAGUGCCGGCACGGAUUCAGCACAACGUUAUGACUGGAGCUCUCUCAUCUACUGCCCCAGUCACUGCGCCUACAGCAGCGGAGGUCAUUUCCGAGUGGCCACUACCGAAGAUAGCUUCUUAUGUCCGCCAGAUGACCAACAGCAUUACACAGGAUGCUAUAGAUCAACUGUUAAAUGUUGUAGCCACAGUGCGUGAUAAGGGCGCGCUGAAUCUCCGCAUUGACUCGCAUCCGCCAAUGUCGCUUCUCCAAACAGAUCAUCGGGAUGCCAAUAUCACAGGCGCCGACUUUGGCUUUGCAAAGCCUUUCACGUACCGCCAUCUCAUCGACCGCUUGACUCCAGGCGUCCUCAUUAUCUACCCAUCGCGUGAUCCCUCUCCUGAAUCAGACGAGGGACCCGAAUUCUCGAUCUCUUAUGAGAAGAGCCUGAAGCAAGCCCUGAUUGACGACCCAGAGUGGAACAAGUACUUCGAAUACCGCGGCGUUGAUGCCAUCGAUGCCUCCACCCAAGAUCAUUAG